AUGCCGACCCACAACAAAGCAUCUGUGCCAUUGAUUAUUGUCGAGUACCUUCCAAAUGGAAAUCUCCAGGACUACCUACGAAAUGACCGUUCAAAACGGGAAGUGCGGUAUGGGAAUUUACAUGGGAUCAGCUCCUCCUUGACACCACAUGAUCUGAUAAAGUUUGCAUUAGAUGUGGCUAAUGGAAUGUCAUAUCUUUCAUCAAUGGCGAUUCUCCACCGAGACCUUGCUGCACGAAACAUUUUGGUAGCUGAAGAUAGGACCUGCAAGAUUUCGGACUUUGGCUUUGCAAAGGAUGUCAUCAAAACCCACACUUACGAAAAACAAUCGCAGGGACGCUUGCCAAUUCGCUGGAUGUCCUCAGAAGCUCUAUUUGACAACAUAUUUACCACACAGUCUGAUGUCUGGGCGUAUGGCGUCUUGCUCUGGGAGAUUGUCACACUGGGUUCCAGUCCCUAUCCUGGUAUGUCAGCCAAGCAGGUGAUGGAAGCUAUAACUGAAGGAUACCGGAUGCCACAACCACCACACUGUUCACUGGGCAUGUACAUCAUCAUGUCGUCCUGCUGGGAAGAGGUCCCAAGUGCACGUUCAACAUUUAAAGACAUCGUUAAUUCCUUGGAUGUCCUCCUGGCCUCAGACAGCGAUGUUCUUACUCUGGGAAAGUUUGAGGAAAAACUGUACGAGGACAUCGACAAGUACAAUGCGGAAGAAAAAUGUUGAAGAAUAUUUCAAAUACAUGUGGUCUCAUUCGGUCAUCAGUAGACAUUGUAGCUUUGCCCAAUAUCAUGAGUAUACCCUCUAUACCAGGGUGGCAGAUUAUAUAAAGAAAAACGGGAAAAUCCACACAGAGCCAAAUGACUGUCU